AUGACAACAAUGCAAAGACAGGUCGUGGUCCAGAGCUCGCUCCUCUCUGCUGGGGACUGCUUCGACAUGUGGCAUGACUACAUGAACCUGGGCAGACUGCUGGAGAGGCUGUGCGACAAUCGCAAGGGGGGCCACGGAGACCCCGAGGACCCAAAGAAAGAAGCUGAAGAACCGGCAGCUUGGAGCCACAUCCAAACCUCUCGGCAGGAGAGCUGCAGAAACUCAAUAGAGACUAGUUCGGUCAGCAGCCUCUCCGGUCUCUCGGACACCAGCUGCAACGGGACUUCCUCGGGCUACUGUCGCUUCUGCAAGCAGAACGGGGAGUCUGCGAGGGUGUACCGGUCUCACAGGCUGAAAUCGGACGACGGGAAAGUCAUCUGCCCCAUCCUCUGGAACUACACUUGCCCCAUCUGUGAAGCCACCGGGGACCACGCUCACACACGCCGGUACUGUCUGCAGGCACGGCGGGAAGAGGCUCCAAGGACGCUGCCGGGGUCCAGGUUCUAG